AUCGUACUUAACUUAAACUUCCAAAGGCGACUCGACAGUAACUUUUUGAUUUUUGAUCGCCCGUUACUAUACUACAAUUUAGUUGAAAGGUUGUGCUUCUUUGUUUUUCUAUAAUUUGUUGAAAUGUGGUUCUAUUUUUGAUACGCUAUCGAUCAAAUCAAUUUCUAAGUGAAGCCUAUAUUUCUUUCCUUAGUUUUUAUGUUCAACAUUGAAGGGAACGUUAGUUCGCAUAGGUAGGAAGUGAGUGACGAACGGAACUAAUAAUUUUAAAGGUUCCUUUACCCCCUCUGGAUAUUCCUGGUUUCUCUUCAUUCAGAAGACGUAAAUUUGUUACCUUCAGAUUUGAACAGUUGUGGAAAAUAACUUGCAAAUUGUGCUAGCUCUGAAUCAUGCAAGGAAUGUGAAAGCUUCCUACCAACGAUUGAUCCAUUGAAGUUUGUUCGACAAUUUUUUGAAGGAAAAGAUUCGUAUAUAUUUUUUUCAAAAUGACCAUAAACUCAGUUUUCCGAGGAAUACUGUUAAACUAUUAAACUGCAUCGUGUUAGUGUACGCCCCGUACGAUUUUUCGAAUGGAAAAUCCAUGGAAGUAGAAACUAGUGUACGAUAUAAAGCUCGAAAUUUGAUCACUUAAUCAAACACAUCAUUUAAAUCAGAAAGCUAAAUUGCACUCUCUUUCCGAUUUUUUUACACAGUUAAAAUUAAGUAUAGGUGCCUACUUCAGUUUCGAUCGAUAUAGGUCCCAAACUAAUCAAAUUAAAUACGUAGCCUUUAAUUGAAGUAAUUGACAUAAUUUAUUUAAGGCGCCUGGGGGUCGCCAGAAUUUUUCAACUGGCAAAGGGGUCGCGUGCACAAAAAGGUUGAAAAACACUGCGGAAUUAGUAGGAGGUCUGACUCUAUGAGAAGUUUUCAGUACCAGUAGGACUACGUUGUAGGCAUCAAAUCUCUAUGCAAGCGUGUACAUUAAGGACCACCUCAUAAUCUGGAGGGAUUUUGGACAAGGUUUACCAUGAAAGAAUCAUUGACCGUGUAUACCUCCUAGGUACUAUAAACUAUUUUACGGAAUUGACUCAUGACUGAUGUGACAUCCACUUGGAGAGGAAGCGAAACUAUGCGAGGAGACGGCUUGCCACAUUCUUUGUUGUUCUGUGUUCUGGGAGAGUCUGAUCAGACAUGGCAAGGAUGGGCCACCAAACAAUAAUCGAGCGCAAAAUCUGUAGUUGCAGGCCUUGAAUAUUAUAAUAAAAGAUUGCAAGUGCAAGAUAUAGCUUGUGAAACGACUUAUAAACGUAUAGUAGGUAUAAACAAACAAGUCAUAGGUGACCCAUUAUACAUCUGACAAAACUACGAGAACAAAUCCAUUACAACUAUCUAAGUGAAUGGUAAUCGCAAACAAUAUGGAGGUCAUUGGCAGUAUACCUACUUAUCUAUAUUAAUCACGUGACCUUCAAUGUCACUAUAAUCUACUAUAGUGACACUCAACAGUAACAAAUAUACAUACACCUACUGAAAUACCUACUUAAAAGAAACUGGAACUUUUCAUCAUGGCCAGUUUUGGAAGUAAUACGCCAAAUUUUCCGAAACUACCUGUUCCGAAAUUGGAGGAUACAUUACGUAAGUACCUCAGAAGUUUAAAGCCAAUGGUCGAUAGCAACGAAUGGUCAAGAGCAAUUCAAGUGGUGCGUCAGUUUCAAGAAAGCGAAUUAGCACGGAAGCUCCAAGAUUAUGUUGAGCGACGUAGACAAGAAAAAGAAAAUUGGCUUAACGAAUGGUACCUUUGUAUGAGAUACUUAGAUAAUCGUCUGCCUACCGCCCUGUGCAGUAGUCCUGGCCAAAUGCUCCCGCUGGAGCACUUCGAAAACGAAAACGCACGGCUGUCUUACACUGCACGGCUCAUUAUCGCCGCAACUACCUACAAAAUGGUAAUUGACCGUGGAGAGUUGCCUGAUAACACUAAACGUGACAUGAGUCAGUAUAGCAAAAUGUUUGGUGCGUGUCGAAUACCCCAUCCAUCACGGGAUAAGAUUAAGUUUCACCCACACUCAGAACACAUAAUUAUCGCUUUCAGAAAUCAGUUCUUCAAACUAAAAUUGUUCCAUAACUCGCAACUGAUCGGUGAAAGACAGCUACUCAAACACUUACAUAGCAUCACUUCCCAGCCACUUGAGCCCGGAAUACCAAUUGGAAUAUUAACAACGGAACAAAGAGACAAAUGGGCCCAGACAUACGAAGAGCUAACUAAGGAGAACGAAAAGCAGAUUAAUGAUAUUGAAACCUGUCUGUUUUUGGUUUGCUUAGAUGAAACUAGUGAUGCAAAGGUAAACAGGUUGACGAAAGCCGGCAUGCACUUACUCCACGGAGGUGGGAGUAAGCAGAAUGGUAGUAACCGCUGGUACGAUAAAACUCUUCAGUUUGUAAUUGGAAGUGAUGGGACCGUUGGGUUGAUAUACGAACACUCGGUGUGCGAUGGGCAACCUAUAGCAAACAUGGUGGAAUAUUUAAAUCAUUUGAUGUUAGACAUGAAGUGUAAUGCAGCGAGCAUUUUUAGACAAACUCAACGAGACGAAGCCUGCUCAGAUGUUUCAGACGAAGGUCCUUCUAAGUUGAUAUUCAGACUAACGGAAUCUAUUCGAUCGGACAUCAGAGAAGCGGAGGGUAACUUCAACGAGUCCGUCAAUAAUUCUGAUAUUGAAUGGUUUAAGUUUGACUCCUUUGGGAAGGAUUUUAUUAAAAGUGUUCAAUUGAGCCCUGAUAGUUUUGUACAAAUCGCCAUUCAACUAUCAUUUUAUAGAAUGCAUGGCUUGUCGUCCAACAUUUACGAAGCAGUGUCCACAAGCAAAUUUGCCAAAGGAAGAGUUGAAUCGUUACGCUCGUUUUCGGAGGAAGCCGUCACUUUUAUUAGGAUAGCCUUAGAUCAGAUCAAAGGAAACGAUGAACAAUCGGCGGCAUUGAGAUUAGCUGUUAACACUCACAAAAGGGACUCUCUCGAAGCUGGCGAAGGAUACGGUACAGAAAGACACUUUAUGGGGUUGAAAGCUGCCGCCGAAGAAUUAAAUUUACCUGUACCUUCUCUACAUUGUGAUAGUACCUAUAUUAAGAGUAUUACAAGUCGGGUCAGUACGAGCCAAGUAGCGACCAAUUGUGAUUCACUAACAGGAUUUGGAACCAUUCCUACUGACCUUUACGCGUGCUGUUAUAAUAUACGCCCGUCGGAUAUUAACAUUUCUAUUUUUUCUUUCAAAUCAAAUUUAUUAACUACAUCGGCUGGCAUGAAGGAUGCUAUUAUUUCAAGUCUUUGCGAUAUGAGAGACAUUUUGAUACAAUGUAAUAAUUAAUAAUUUUUUUAAAUUUCUUUAAUCCUCCAGAAUAAAGCAAACUUGGGGCCUGAACAACUGUAAGAGCUCUCAAAUAAACGUUUGUCGGGAAUUG